GACUCCAUUGGCUGUACAUGUAUUUCGUCAUUUACUCGCGUUUUUUUGCGAAUAUUUCCUCAGUCUUCAUGUAGUCGUUUAUUGUACUGUACUGCAUAUCAUACUACAGUGCGUGUUUUGUUUUUUUAAUUUAUUUUGAUUUCCCCUCAGUUUAUCGCCAGCGUCGGAAAAUGACACCUUAAAAUAUUUAACUUUUAUAUCACUUUAUCAUCUCGAGUUGAACGCGGACAUUAACAACUUUAAUUUUCAUAAAUCAGAAUUUGCCGUAAAUAUGGCAUCAAAAUCUAGUAUAGACCAUGAACUGAUUCCAAUGUCAGCUUUAAACUGCAGUUUUCGAAAGAAACUGGGGCUCUAUUUGAAUCCGACAAACGCGGUGGCAGCAGACUGGAGGACAGUCGCCGAAAUGAUGGACUUCACCUACCUGGAGAUCAAAAACUUCGAGAAAACAGAGUAUCCCUUUGAAAAGGUCUUAACGGAGUGGGAAACUCGUCCAGAGGCAACAGUAGCGAAUUUGCUGUCGAUUUUAGAAAAAGCUGAAAGGAAAGAUGUUAUAUCUGACCUCAGAGAAAUUAUAGAUGAUGACUGCAGGAAGUAUUUGGAAAGACAACAGAGGAAGCCUGUCCAGGUUCCAGUGGUGGACAGCUGUGGGCCGCGCACACGGGAGCGAGAAGGCAUCACGCUGUAUGAUGACCCACAAGGACUCACACCGGAGACCUUUGAUGCCUUCAUCUGCUAUUGUCAGAGUGACUUCCAGUUUGUGCAUGAGAUGAUCAAACAGUUGGAACAGACGGAAUACAACCUGAAGCUGUGUGUCUUUGACCGAGACGUCCUUCCUGGCACGUGUGUGUGGACCAUCACAAGUGAGCUCAUAGAGAAAAGGUGCAAGAGGAUGGUGGUGGUUAUUUCUGAUGACUAUCUGGACAGUGAUGCAUGUGACUUUCAGACCAAGUUCGCACUCAGCCUUUGCCCAAAUACUCAGUCUAAACGUCUAAUCCCGGUUGUCUACAAAUCCAUGGUGAAGCCUUUUCCCAACAUUCUCCGUUUUCUGACCAUCUGUGAUUACACCAGACCCCACACACAGCGCUGGUUCUGGAUCCGGCUGGCCAAGGCGCUCUCACUGCCCUGAUCUUUUCUAUAGACACUGUUAAAGGUUGUAGCUGUUCUCUGGAGGGUGAAGGGGAAAUACCUCGAGUGAUCUUAACUUGCUUGGGAGAGUUUCACAGACUCAGUAGUGCGUCCAGCUUAUGAACAUUUCAAGAAAGGUACUUUCUGUGGUAUUUAUGACAGAUACGUCUGCCUUAAUCAAAAGGUUGCUCAGUUUCCAAAGCGAAUCCCUACAAAUGGUUAUUCAUGAACUUUCUUGUCUCCAUCGCAUUGUGCAGAAGUGUGUUUAUUCUGAUGUGAAAUCUGAAAGUGCAUCAGCUAUUUCAUUUUAUCUCUGAUUUGCUAUCGCUAAACUUGAAUUGAAGCUUUUUGAAGUGAUGUAUGUAGUAGUAUGGGCUCAUAAGAAACACUUUUGCUCUGAUGGUUUAAUUUUUUUUUUUUUUAUAUAUAUACUGGCAGUGUUUUGUGUUAUGAAAUAUAUUUGUGUAUUUUAUGUUUGCUCUACUGUUUGUGUUACUCAACAUUUUUAGGUAGCAGUUUAAUACAGCUUUACAGAUCUUUAUCUAGGCCACACAGUCGUGGUUGGUUAACCAUGUUUUUAUGUCUUCUUCAGUAGUUUAAUCUUUGACGGUACAUGCUCACCAGCUGGUUUUAAUCUGUUAGAUCAGACUUUGUUUUAUAUGAAAACAACUGAACUUUUAUAUUGUGGUCACACAUUUUACAGCAUUGUAAAUACUUAUAUAUUGGCUGCUAUUCAUAUAGUGUUAAUGAUUACUCAAAAAUGUAUACAUAUUUUUGUGUAUUAAGAGCAGGUUGCCACAUUUACCACACUUCCUGUUAGUGGAAACUUUCCACUGAAGCUGUGAGAAAUUAUUCUAAAGAAAAACAAACAAACAAAAACUCAGAAGCUCAUAAGAAAAACAAAACCAGCAGUAUCCUCUGCUUCAGACCUUGCAGAUUUUAAGAUAGAAGUGUGUCUGUGUGUGUGUGAGAGAGAUUUACGAGAUUUACAGCAUACAUUAUAUGCUUUUUUCCCCAAACAUGUUUGGUUAUUGAUUGUACAGACUGUGGGGUUGAUGCUAUGAAUAGAUUGCCUUUUGAGUUGCUACUUAAAAACUGACCACUGAACCAAUGACAUUGAAGCACAGUUUUUGUAAUGUCUCACAUGUUUUAAUCAAAUAAUAAAAUUCAGUUUAGCCUGUGUUUUCAAUGUUA